GCCGGCAGCAGCUCAUGUAGUCUGGAUAAUUAGAGACUCGUGACCCGCCCUCUCACUCCCCCCUCCAACCUCCUUUAACUACUCUUGCAAAUAAAACGUUCAUUCGUGUUGUUCUCGGUGAUGGAGCAAUGAAGAUGCCGAAGCUGGACUUCCUGUAGAGCUUUUCCCUUUUCUACAACCACUUUUCUUUCUAACUUUAAUUUUUUUGUCCUACCUGUUCGCUGCCAUGCUGCGGGUCAUAGUAGAGUCUGCCACCGGUCUCCCCAAAAAGAAACUCGGCAGUCCUGACCCAAUCGUUUCUGUGACUUUCAAAGAUGAGAAGAAGAAAACCAAAUCGAUCGACAAUGAAGUGAACCCUGUCUGGAAUGAGGUGCUGGAGUUUGAUCUAAAAGGCGUUCCGCUGGACUCCGGCUCCCAGCUAGACGUGGUUGUGAAAGAUUACGAGACGAUUGGGAAAGAUAAAUUCCUUGGGUCCACUAAGGUUUCUCUGCGAGACCUUGCCUCUGGAAAAUUGAGAUCUCUGCCGUGCAAAAAUGUUCCUCUGGUCAAUGACAACGGGAAGGGGAUCGGAGCUACGAUAGACCUGGUGGUUGCCUAUGACCCUCCAGCCAACGCCGUGCCGAACCCCAACAUCCCCCAAGAUGGAAAUGCUGCAGUGGACGCCGCAGGAGGGGGUGGGGAUGAGGAGGGGAAUGAGACUGUUCCAGAUGGGGCCCAGAGUGGCCCAGCUGGAGCCCCUUCGUCCACCGGCCAGGCUGGGGCUCUUCGCCAGAGGCUGAACCGGGCGCAGAGUCGCCACCGACUCGCCAAUAAACCCCAGGACUUCCAGAUUCGUGUUCGGGUCGUGGAAGCCCGUCAGCUGUCCGGAAACAACAUCAAGCCUGUGGUGAAGGUCCAUGUGUGUGGACAGACCCACCGGACGAGAAUCAAGAAGGGAAACAACCCGUUCUUUGACGAGAUCUUCUUCUACAACGUUCACAUGCUGCCGUCGGAUUUGUUUGAACAGAACAUCAGCUUCAGGGUGUAUAAUUCAUAUUCGCUGAGGGCAGACAGCCUUAUGGGUGAAUUUAUGCUGGACGUUGGUUAUGUUUAUGAUGAACCAGCCCAUUGUGUAAUGAGGAAGUGGCUCCUGUUGAAUGACCCAGAUGACUCCAGCUCCGGCGCUAAGGGCUACCUCAAAGUCAGCCUGUUUGUUGUGGGAACAGGAGACGAGCCUCCGGUGGAGAAGAGGGAAUCAAAUGACGACCAGGAUGACAUAGAGAGCAACCUGCUGCUGCCAGCAGGGGUCACCCUGCGGUGGGCCACGUUGUCCUUAAAGGUGUUCAGGGCUGAGGACGUCCCCCAGAUGGACGAUGCAUUUAUCCAGACGUUGAAAGGGAUCUUUGGAGGAGAGGAAAACAAGAAGAACCUGGUGGAUCCUUUCCUAGAGGCGCACUUUGCUGGCAAAAAGUUGUGCACUCAGAUAAUUGAGAAGAACGCAAACCCAGAGUGGAACCAAGUUUUGAACCUUCAAGUCAAAUUCCCGUCCAUGUGUGAGCGCAUCAAGCUGACCGUGUUCGACUGGGAUCGGCUGACAGGAAAUGAUGCGGUUGGCACCACAUACCUGAACCUGACCAAGAUAGCCUCCUCUGGUGGAGAGAUAGAAGAGGAACAUGCAGAUAAUGGGAAAAUGCCAUCGUUUGAAGCUGACUCAGGAGAGUCUCAGGUGGGUUUCCUGCCCGUGUUUGGCCCCUGCUACAUCAACCUGUACGGCAGUCCCAGAGAGUUCACGGGCCUCCCAGACCCCUACGAGGCUCUGAACCUUGGCGAGGGAGAAGGAGUGGCGUACAGGGGCAGGGUGCUGGUGGAGCUCUCCACGAAGCUGGAGGGGAAAGCAGACAAAGCAGUUGACAGUAUCCACAGUGACGACAUCCUUGUGGUUCAGAAGUACCAGCGAAGAAGAAAAUACUGUCUGUGCGCAGUCUUCCACAGCGCCUCCAUGAUUCAGGAACCUGGUGAACCCAUCCAGUUUGAGGUCAGCAUUGGUAACUACGGCAACAAACUGGACACCACCUGUAAACCCCUGGCCUCCACCACCCAGUAUAGCUGUGCUGUAUUUGAUGGUAACCAUUACUACUACCUGCCCUGGGCAAACACUAAGCCGGUGGUUGUUCUCACGUCCUUCUGGGAGGACAUCGGUCACCGCCUCGAUUCUGUCAACAUCAUCCUUUACAUCACACGCCGUCUGCAAUCCAACCUGGAUGCAUUUAAAACCACCAUAUUGGCUAAAGUUCCUGACAGCCAGCUGACAGAGGUGUGGAUGAAGUUACUCAAUCAGUUGAUUGAAGACUUGGACAGCUUCCCCACCCCUGACCUGGAGGGCCGCUCCAACCUGACAUCUCUGGACAUCCAGAUCAAGAAACUACGAGACAGUGCUCUGACGUCCAUCAAGGUGGCAGCGAGACGCAUGAGGGAGGAGGCCAGGGAAAUCCCAGACACGGUGCCGGACAUAGAGAGCUGGGCGGACAAGCUCAACCAGCUGGCCGACGAGCCCCAGAACAGCAUGCCUGACGUGAUCAUCUGGAUGCUGCGCGGCGAGAAGCGUGUGGCCUACAGCCGCAUCCCGGCUCAUCAGAUCCUCUACUCCACCUACAGCCAGCAGGCCUGUGGGCAGCACUGUGGCCAGACUCGGACCAUCUUCCUGAAGUACCCCAUGGACAAGACCAAAGGCCUGAAGGUUCCGGUCCAGGUCAGGGUCAACAUGUGGCUCGGCCUCUCUGCACACGAGAAAAGGUUCAACGCCUUCUCAGAGGGAACCUUCAGUGUGUUUGCUGAACUGUAUGAAAACCAGGCUAAAGUGUUCGGGAACUGGGGAACCACCGGACUGGUGGGCCGACACAAGUUCUCUGAUGUGACAGGAAAACUGAAGCUGAAGCAGGAGUACUUCAUGCCACCCAGAGGAUGGAAGUGGGAGUCUGACUGGUUCAUCGACCCUGAGAAAGCCCUGCUAACCGAGGCAGACGCCGGACACACGGAGUUCAUGGACGAGGUGUUUCAGAACGAGAGCCGUUUCCCCGGCGGAGAGUGGAAGGCCCCCUCGGAGCCGUACACCGACGUGAACGGAGAGAAAAACCGAAACCCUAAAGAGUUCGACUGUCCUCCGGGCUGGACGUGGGAGGACAGCUGGACGGUGGACAUCAACAGAGCUGUGGAUGAUCAAGGCUGGGAGUACGGGGUGACCAUUCCUCCAGACGAUAAGCCCCGAUCCUGGGUCCCUGCUGAGAAGAUGUACCACGUCCACCGGCGGAGGAGGCUGGUCCGGCUCCGAAAGAGAGCGGCGCGUCCGGCCGGAGCAGCGCUGGAGAGGAGAGAUCACGGUGACCCCGAGGGAUGGGAAUUCUCCUCCCUGAUUGGCUGGAAAUUCCAUCAAAACGAGCGUUCCUCUGACUCGUUCCGUCGACGGCGUUUGAGGAGAAAGAUGGCGCCCGAAGAUCUCCUGGGAGCCUGCGCCAUCUUUCAGCUGGAGGGCGCAUUAGGCGUCGAUACAGAGGACAAGGAGAAAGGCUCCAAAGAGGACGCCACCAAGCUGUUUGGGGCCAACACCCCCACCGUGUCCUGCUCCUUCGACAGGUCGUACAUGUACCACCUCCGAGUCUAUCUCUACCAGGCGAGGAACCUGACGUCUAUGGACAAAGACAGUUUCUCUGAUCCGUACGCGCACGUUUCCUUCCUUCACUUCAGCAAGACGACAGAGAAGCUCCGAGCCACGCUGAACCCGACCUGGGACCAAACUCUGAUUUUCAAUGACGUGGAGAUUUACGGAGACCCCAAGAACGUUGACGCCAAUCCUCCAGACGUGGUCCUGGAGUUCUACGACAGCGACCAAGUGGGGAAGGACGAGCAGCUGGGCCGCAGCGUUUGCGUCCCGCUGGUGAAGCUGAACUCCAGCAUAGAUCAGACGCCCCGGCUGCUGUGGCACCCCGUCAUCCAGAAGGGCCAGAGGGCUGGGGAGGCCCUCGUGGCGGCUGAGCUCAUUCUGAAAGACGAGUCGGGUGAUGGGGAUCUUCCCCUGGUUCCCCCAAAAAGAGCCGAGAACCUCUACAUGGUCCCUCAGGGGAUCCGGCCGGUGGUGCAGCUCACAGCUGUGGAGAUUCUGGCAUGGGGUCUGAGGAACAUGAAGACCUACCAGCUGGCGGCGGUGUCUUCUCCCAGCCUGGUGGUGGAGUGUGGAGGCCUGCGGGUGGAGUCUGCUGUGAUCAAGAACAUGAAGAAGAGCCCCAACUUCCCCGGCUCCGUCCUCUUCAUCAAAGUGAAGCUGAGUCCAGAGAGGAUUUAUCACGUCGUGGUGGCUCCCUGCUUUGAUAAGAAGCUGGAGGCUGUCAGAGAGGAGUUUUACAACAGUCUACUGGAGACCAGAGAUGUUGACUGUGUCCUCACCUCCAGUAAGAGUCUUUAA